AUGUCAGGAAGCGGUGGUAGGCCGUCUUUUUCAAAUGCAGCCAUGUUCAUUGUGGCCUGGCAGAAGGGAGUACCUUUUGUUGCUCUGUGGCUACUCGACCGGCAGAACAGGAAAUGGGUUGCACUUUCUGCACUUUUUCACUUGACUAUGGACGGGAGAUGGGCUUAUAGCUGGACCUUCAAUCAAGAUGGGUUGGGGGUUAUCAGAGAACCGGAAUUCCGUUCACAGGACAGAAGGGCGUGGGCGGAUGGCAAGAACAUCACGUUUGUUGAGGGCAGCCCCACGACAACGAGGGGCAACCGCGGGACGAUGUCGGGCCUGGCUCAUGGCACGAGCAAGCUGGAGCGAGGCAGAUUUGGGUCUCCUCUGAAGAUGAUAUUGGAUAUUUCUGGAACGAAAGGGAUGGGACUUUGA